AGAGGGGCACGCAAACAGGAUGAGCGGUGGUGGGCUUGUCAUAAGCUCCCCAAUCUCCGAGGAAAGUGCAGCCUUUACGCCCUUGAAGCCCGUUGCGAUGGCAAGGGAAUCCAGUGAUGACAUGGCCGUCUUUGAAGAUAUCAAACCACCCGUACGAAUCUCGGAGAAUCCACAGGAUUUGGCCCAGGCACGGACCGAGAUGGACAAGUACCUCUCUGGCCAAAUGCCCCCCACACCGACAGCAGCAGACAAGAAGUAUCGCCGGGAAAGCGCCUCCGUGGUGGACGAGUAUUUCUCCACUGAAAAGCCUCUGUCUGCACCCUACAGUGUCAACAUCAAUGUGAUCCUUCCGGACACCACGCACCUGCGCACAGGGAUCUACCGGCCUGCUAAGCCCUCUGUGCCCUUUCCCCAAAUCAAAAUGGAGCCCGGCCCCUGCUUUGCCUUGCCCUGCCCUGCCAGCAGCGGCCCAACCCAGACUCUGCCAGACUUCACCAGCGUCUUCAGCGUGCCGCAGUCUGUGGCUACCAGCAGCAUCUUUGUCAAGCAAGAACUGCCCUGCCCCGAAAUCCCUCAUUCGAUCAGCCCCCAGCCGGGCCUGCUCUACCAGCUCCCCGCAGAGAUGAUCACCGUGGCCUCCUCCACCUGUGGCACCACGGCCACCAGCAGCAUCCACGGGGUAGCCAUGUCUACUGGCAGCUCCAUGCUGGACUCCAGAGCCCUUGCCCGGCCCCUGCGGCCAGCAGGGCAGCUCAAAUCAUUCCCAGCGACCUCCCAAGGCCUCAGCGGCUUCAGUGUGCCAGAGGAGUUCUACCCCGUCCCAGCAGUGAGCCUGCCCCCUUCGCCCCCCAACUCACAGCCCGGCAGCCCCGAGAACCAGCCCGAGCCCAUCAACACCAUUUCACCUCCACCCCCCUACGAGGCCACAUUUGGACUGAAGCUGCCCCCCCCAGGCCACAUCACCUCUGGGCCCAGCACCAUCAAGACCAUCACACAGGGACACCUCAUCCUGCCGAGCCCCAAGUACAACCGGAGGAACAACCCAGAACUGGAGAAGAGAAGGAUCCACCACUGUGACUAUCCUGGGUGCACCAAGGUUUACACCAAGAGUUCACACCUGAAGGCGCACCAGAGGACUCACACUGGUGAGAAGCCCUACCGGUGCAGCUGGGACGGCUGCGACUGGCGCUUUGCCCGCUCGGAUGAGCUCACCCGACACUACCGCAAGCACACCGGAGCCAAGCCCUUCAAGUGCCUGGCCUGUGGCCGCUGCUUCUCCCGCUCGGACCACCUGGCCCUGCACAUGAAGCGGCACCAGAACUAG